UAUAAAGCAACAUCAUGUAUCAUCAACGUAGAAAUGAUAAUGAGGAGAGACGUGCCAGACUUGCUUGUUUUGUACUUUAUCUUUUUCCGAAUAUAAUGCAAUGUUACUUAUCGCAUUACAUACACAAAAAAGGAUUAUCGAAUAAGUACUGCAACAAUAAAAGGAAUCCACCUGUGUUAACGCCUUCUGAACUACUUUUGGUAAAAGAGUUACCGAAUGUUCAAAACUUUACAAUACAGCUAUGCUAUAAAUUGAUCAGCUUUGAAGGAUUACUCCCAACACCAUCAAGUGGAUGGGGACAGUUUCCAGAUCAUACAGCAUUAAAAAUAGCUGAUGAUAUUGAACGGAUACGGCAUGUCAUAAAUGCAAUCAGGGCAAUGAACAAUGAUGACUGUACGGAAAAUUAUCUUGUCAAAUUGCUUUAUAGACAUGAUAGAUAUAAACUAGAACAGAUUAUUCGGCGAUUUCGGAUUGCAUUGGGGAAUAAAAGUGUUUUUCAAACUUACAAAUCUCUUCUGAUACAGAAUAUAGAUACAGCAGUUGUUUUGACAGAAUUUAAAAACGUUGGUAUUAUAGAAUGUGAUGCUCCUCAUAUUAUAUUACAAGACCGGGAAAGAUACAGCAAAAUCAGUGCUGUGAUUAAUGAAUUUUUCCCUAAAAUACUACAAAACUUAAUACCAUCGUUCUAUUCACCAUUGCACUUGUACAACAUGUGUACACAGCAUGGGCGUAAUUGGGAUAAAUCACAGACGCUACAGAUAAACAAAUUGCAAUCUAAUUUUGGCUACACAUCACUGGAUGCUUCACUGCUUUACCAGUUGUUUAGAACAUUUUCUUUCGUACCAAAUCCUACACAAGGAUGGGGACAGAUACCUGCCAAACGCGAUACAAACAUUGCUGACGAUAUAGAGCAAAUUCGACUUUUGCGAAAUGAGUGUGCUCAUCGCUGUGACACAUGCAUCGACCCGACAGUGUUUGACAACUAUUUCUUACAGUUUCGGGAAAUAACACAUCGAAUUGCUGCUGAUUAUGAGCACGAGUUAACUGCAAUAGCAAGAGAAAGUUUAGACUCCAAGAGGCAGAUUGAUUUAGAGAUAGCUCUUCAGGAAUUAGUCGAUAUUAAAGAACAAUUUCAAAUGACGCCUUUGAGGUUUUAUUGGGGGAACGACAUGGCGAUGCUGAUUAAAGAUAUCAGACAGAGGAUCCAGAGAGAAAAGGACAUACUAGGACAGGAAAAAUUUCUGAUCGAAAUCGAACUGAUAAAUAUAGAUGACGCUGAAAUGAAAGCAAAGAUAUUAAACGAGGCCAGGACGCAAAUAAAUGAGGUCGAGUUAAACAUCGAAUUUGUAGGGGCUUUAACAGGAUGUCUAGUUUUAUAUGCAUACAUAAGAACAGAAACUUUGGCAACAGACGAUAUUCUUCAAACUGAAUUGUCAUCCUUUAUGACAAGAAUUCUCAAGAAAGGAAAGUUUGGGAUAACUUCUACUCAAUGGAUAGAUGCUGUCAUUUGUCCUAGCGAAGGAAACAAGAAGUUAGAAUUGGAUUCAUCUAUUGCAAAGUCUUUAAAAUUACAAUUCAAUGUCAAAAUGGAUGUGUUUGAAACGGAUGUUUCCCUAGAAUCAGAAAUAGGUGCAUGUAUGCAGCGAACAAUAAAAAACCUGAACGGAAAAGGAUUCAAUGAGGAAGUGACAGCAAUAGUACGUUAUGUACAAUCUGAGGAUACAGAAGAAACACAUGCUAUGGAAACUAAUCAGCUGAUUCAAGUCGAUAAAAUUGUUGAAAUGGAAAAGGAGGGUACAAUUGACAAAGUGUUACAAGACAGAAGCACGAAUAAACUAUCAGGACAGAGGCCAUUAAAAUGGACAAUACCAAUCGAUUUACAAAGACAAGCUGAAAAACUACAGAAAACAGUAACAAGAACUACAGGUUCCUUGUUGUUGACUCCCAUUGUAUGCGAUGGCUAUGUCAUAGAUAGUAUGAUAGACAGAAGGUUGAUUGAUUCUCAAAAUAUUCGGAGAGAGACACACACAGGUAACAUGUACUUGUGGUAA